GCUCACCUUCCCUUAUGUCUAACGAUAACAUACAAUUCGAUAAUGUGUUGUUGCAAAACGAUACUGCGUCACAGGAAAAGACUUUGCGUGAAAGGCAUAACAGAUUACAAAGAGAGCGGCGUCGACGUAGAGCAACAGAAGCGCCCGAACAAUUAUUAAAACGCAGACAAUAUGAUAGGCAGCAGCAUAAACUGAGAAGGGCAAAUGAAAUACCUGAACAAACACUGAAACGUCGACAAGAUGAUAGAUAG